AUGUUGUUAUUUAAAUGUGCGCUUAUUAUAUUAUUUUCUACAUAUAUUCUGUCACUUUGCUUCCAAAUUGCAAAAGAGACUAACUCUCUCGAAACUGGCCUUGCUUUUCUAUAUGUGGCCAGCGGAGCAAUUGCUGGAAAGAUCCUAUAUGACAGAUACCAGCAAAUUCAUGUAUUAGGUUCACUAACACCAAACCCUAAUGUGACAUCUUUUGCAAAUAGGAUUGCUUCCUUUUCGGCCACAUUUAUGUCUCUGGGCUUCCUAGUAUACCUGUUUCUGUUUCUGUUUAAGGUGGAUAACAUUUGUCUCAUAGCUCUGCAUAUUUUUAUAUGUGCUUUCGGCACAUUGUACUUAUGGGUACAGUGCAUUAUAACAACGUAUAUUUCUACAUUGUUUUAUGACAAAAAUUUGUUAAUUCUUCGACAAUUUAUUGCCAAUACGAGCUUCCUUCUACUAAUUAUAAUGGCCAUUUUUGGGACUGUAACUUCAUUUUUGCCCGAAGCUGGUUCCAGUGUUUUUCACGUCUGUUUCAUCAUAACGUCCCUUUGCAGUUACUCAUUAACAGCCUUUUUCUGCAUAUUUUUAAUGUCAUUUGAAAAGGAAUAUGAGUAUUUUGCUGUGGGCUUAAGAUCCGAAUUACUGUUAGAUGACGCCUGUUCUUUGAAUAAUGCGUCACUCGCUGACGUAGAUAGUUUAUUUGGGACACAAGAUGUACUCUCUAGUACGAUCUCUAACGCGAUCGUAAUAAAGGGAAGUAUAAGUUGUGGAAAGGUCUCUUGA